CCACGUGGACGUCCGACUCCGCGAGCUCGUGUCUAUGCUGUGUGUGCUCGGCUACUGAGAUUGCCCUCCUCCAGCUGCCAUCGUGGCUCAGGCCUGCGUGGCUAACUUUCUUUAUCUUUUCUCCAUACCCACUGGUACACACUGGCACACACUGGCCACACACACUGGUACACACUCUAGCACCUUCGAUAUGACCCGCAUCUCUGGAUGCCUGGUGUCGGCCGCUCUCGGUGGGCUGCUGCCCCCUGCGGCACGGGCCGUGCAGGUCGUGGGCACCGGCGCGCCGGCGGAGCCCGCCGCCUCCAAGAAGGGCGAGGCCGCCUCGUGGCUGCUCGAGAUCCGCACGCACGGCGACGUUACGUGCACCAUUCGGCGGAUGAUUGCGUUGUCGGAUCUGGUUUGGGCCAUUGCAAGGUGGUCGUGGACCCAUCUCAGAGGAUCCCGCUGGGCAGCACCGACUCGGGGAAUACUUCCUUCAACGAGUUCAACAGCACCGUGCAGUACCACCAAUCGGAAAUCACCAUCACUGGGCAUUCAACUUCGUCGCAUUGGAACCUUUGCCGCUCGAAGGAAGAUGCAUCGGGAGUCGAUUCGCAUCAGCGGACAAGAAGCUUGGCGGAUGUCUGUUACGAGGUCGACGGCCUCCCCGGCCUGUGUUUCCUGUGGGCUUCGCCGUGCUCUGGCGGGUGUUCCACACUCCGUCCAUUCAACGAGUAUUCGUCGGUCUGCCCGAAUUGGUUGCGCUACGCCACUCCAUCCGAGUGGUCGGUUGCGUUGCCUGACAUGAAUGCCCACAGGAAGAUAUUCUACAGCAAGUGCGCUGCUGACCUGAUGGAUCCAUGGUGGCAUCACUGCGACUACGCGAACGACUUCGCACGCGUGCCCGAUGAGGGCUGGAACGAGCUGGUCCUGGUCUGCGACACUACCGUUCCCGCGAUGGCCACGACGGCCACGUCCGCGUCGUCGGCGACUGGCCCCGCUCCGACACCCAUGCCGCUUCCGCCGCCUCCCGGCCCGGGGCUUGUCCCGUGCGGCCUUACCGGUGGUUACAGCGAGUGGCCAGAGGAUGCAACAUGCGCGAGUUGGAUUCAAGGAUCAGCCGUGGGUGGAGGCCCUAAUGUCUUCGUUGGUACUGCGGACACUUGCCACCACUGCAUCCUUAUGGUCUUGAGUGCUUACCCAUCCGCCAAGGGGGCCACAUUCCGAACUCCUGGUUUAUCCUCGCAGACUGGUGAGUGCUAUGCUGAGGAUGGGUGGUUUUACCCAGAUGGGGACGCCGCGUGGAUUACCAUCCCUGUCAUUGCAUCCCUGCAGUACUAUACCGAUCUUGCCUCGGACCCUUGCAGCCCGGCCUACGGGAUUACUCUGAAGCCGACUGCCGCGCCGACUCCCGCUCCGACUGCCGCUUCCAUGGCACCUCCAGCUGGGGGUGCCGGCUCCGCUGUUGGGGAUCCGCAUCUGCAGAACAUUUACGGUGAGCGGUUCGAUCUGUUGAAGCCUGGCAAGCACGUUUUGAUCAACAUUCCACGGGACGCUGUUGUUGUUGAGACCGCGCUGCUUCGGGUAGACGCAGAGGCACGUCAAAUGGGCGGAAGAUGCGCAGACAUGUAUUUCCAAGAACUGAAUAUCACAGGGGCGUGGGUGGAUUCGACGAAGCAGACCGGCGGUCUCUAUUUCAAAGUGGACGAUGUGGUCGAUUCAAACAUGAAUUGGGAAAUGUUUGGAAAGGUAUCAUUGAAGGUUGUCCACGCACGCACCCAGCGUGGCAUACAGUACCUGAAUCUGUACGUCAAACAUCUCGAUCGCACCGGGCUUUCCAUCGGCGGGCUGCUAGGAGAAGAUGACCAUUCAGAAGCAGCGGUCUCUCCCAAGGAAUGCUCUCAGACCCUUUCUCUCAUCCAAGGUGACUUCUGAAUGAUAGGCAUCCGUCCUCCAGGCACGACCGGCGCGCAACGGGCGGCUGCAGAGGCAAGCAUUUGGUCCUCCUCCUCCUCCUCCUCCUCCUCCUCCUCCUCCUCCCCCUCCUCCUCCUCCUCCUCCUCCUGCUGAUCAGGGCCGCUUUCGGCCGUGGCUUCGGCGCGCGCUGUCACGCUGCCUCCGGCUUGGGGUCUCUCGCGCGGCGCUGCAGAGUGGCCCUCGAGCUGCCGAGCCAUCCGCUUCUGGCUGACCCCCCUAUCGGUACCCCACGGCGAUUUUCUUGGGCCUUGCAGCGCGACGGCAGGAAGAGGGGAUGAUCGGAGGCGGAGGCGACGCGGCUCCGGCCGCUGCUUGUCGUGAUUGCCGUUAUGGGCGAUCGCCUUUCUGUUUUAAUGGCUGGGCCGUCCUGCAAAAAAAUGAUGGAAUGCAAGGGAGGGUCUUGGCGGGUUGAGCUAGUCAUGGGCCCGAUCUUUGUCCGGCUUUUUUCGGCUGCCUCAUUUGGCGCAAUUCAGGCUUAUGUUGUUCAGCAUGUGGCUCCGCACUCAUGUCAUAUCAGCUGUGCAAUAUACAGGGUAAGUAUUAUAUACCAGUCGUGCCCACGCGAAGACCUCUGAGCAGGGGAGCAUGAGAGGGAAUGAGGGUUCAGGUGUCACCGUUCAACCUCCACCAGAUGGGGUCUCCUGCUGUGGAGUCCAGUGUCUACGCUUCGCUUCCUGUCUCCCUCUCUCUUUUCCCAUCUGUCCCCCCUCACCUGCUCACCUCUACUCAUCAUUUCCGCUUCACUGGCUUUCCUUUUUGCAGAAGUUUCGCAUGUCUUGAGGGCACCUCGUCUUGGUAUACUUGGAAUGACGGCGCCUGGGAUGGAACAGCUAAGAUAUGCAGGUUGCCCUCUGUCAUAUGAACGUAUAUCCGUUUAGCUAGGUUUUAAUUGUACCCGAAUAGGGAGUCUUUCCAACUAUGAGCAUAGUUGUGGGACAGCGUGCACCCACAUAAGAAGCAUGAGGUUCAUCGCAUGUCAAAAUGACCGACCAGGCCAUCGCAUGCCAAGAUGAUCAGGCCAUCGACAGUUGGAACAACAUGUUGGACAAUUGUGUGCACAUAUUUGCAAGUCUCAUG